CCGAGUCAGAGAGGGGAACUCUCGACUCCGCGCUGUGGGUCAUGGUCCAUUCAGUGAACUCCAGUGGGGGACCCCCGAACCCCAGCGUCCACGUUGCCUUACGACUGGCCCGGGACCACCACCUGCCCACAGAGGGAGUGCUCCUCCAACAGCUGAAGGUGUCUGCCAUCGAGAAGGUGAAGCACGGUGACAACUUCUCCUCAGGUUUGGUCGCUCUGUACUCCCUGGCCAUCGCUGCGUCAUGCAACAAUCCCGCCAACGUCUCCUACAAAGAGGACAGGAUCGACCUGAUCGAGAUACUGCAGGAGAAAUUAACUGAGGAAAUCAAACACAUUGUGAACACCACAUUCCCUCUCACUAACUAUUACCAAGUCAGUCUGGAUGUGCUGACACUCUGCGUGCUAGAAAGGGAACUUCCACAAGACUCAGUCCAGAUCCUCUGUGAGGCAGCAAUGAAGGACAAAUUCAAAUAUGGCAAGGAAUUCUCAGUUGAUACUGGAGCCGUAGCUGCACUGGCUUUGAGGUGUGUGAAAGGCAAGCCCAACACACAGUGCACUUUCAGCGCUCUCCACAAAGUCCUCAACCAGAUCCUUCACCAAGUGAAGGAUGAUGGUAUCAUCGGCAACAUCUACAGUACAGGACUGGCAAUCCAGGCCCUCUCUGCCAACUCAGACUUGGUCCCCAGCGUCCAAUGGAACAAGACCAAGUCCAUGUACAGGCUCCUCAGCGCCAUUCGUGAAGGAUCCUUUUCCAAUCCUCAGGCAGCAUCGCAAAUCACUCCGUCGCUGGAGUGUCGGACCUACCUGGAUGUGAGGGAGCUGAAUUGCACGGCCGACCGCAGUAACCUGACGGUGACCACUACAUCCCCACCUCCCACUACCCAGGCUGUCCCCAUCACGGUGGAGUACAACAUUGUGGACGGACUGACCCAUUCCUUCAACGACGCCGUGAAUGUUUCCGUGCUGGCGGGAAGUCCCCUGAUCCGGGUUCUGGAGAAGGCCCGGGAUCUGUAUCCCGAUCGAUUCAGCUUUAAUGUCACAAGCACACAGUGGGGACCACUUCUGACCACCGUUCGGAACCUAACAGCUUCCACCGAAAACAGAACCUAUUGGCAGCUCCUGAGCGGCACUGAACCAUUGGGUCAAGGUAUUGGCGAUUACAAGCCCAAAGACGAGGAGCGCAUCGUUGCAAACUACACCCAGUACUGAUCAGGAACUGGGAGGGAUUCGGGCUGGGAAAUCGAGAUUCAUCCUCCUGCACCAUCCCAGUUUGCCUCGAAGUUAUUCGGAAAUCACACCUAACUCAGACCUCAGAUCUGAGAUGAACCUCAGUGUCUCUAAAAAUAACUGAAAAACACUGUCUUUCUCAACUCACCUUGUGAUUAAUGCCAAAUCUGCACCAUUCCUCCCUUGUGGCCUUGGUGCUCCCUUGUCCCCACCCUCUCAAUUCUUCAGUUUAUGCAAACUCUUCUUACCCACAUCACAAAUGUACACAAGUCCCCUCUCUUUGAUCACCCUCCACAGACAAUCACAGACUUCCGGCCCAAUAUUCACUGCAAUAUAAACCUCACCACCAGGGAACGCCUGUGACGGAAAGCAAUAACCCCCGCCAGCCCCGACACCCCUCCCUAUCUCUGUCACCCCUUCCAGACCCUACACCCCUCCCUAUCUCUGUAACCCCCGCCAGCCCCGACACCCCUCCCUAUCUCUGUCACCCCUUCCAGACCCUACACCCCUCCCUAUCUCUGUAACCACCUCCAGCCCCUACACCCACUCCCUAUCUCUGUCACUCCUUCCAGACCCUACACCCCCUCCCCAUCUCUGUAACCCCCUCCAGCCUCUACACCCCCUCCCUAUCUCUGUAACCCCCUCCGGCCCCUACACCCACUCCCUAUCUCUGCAACCCCCUCAAGCCCUGCACCCUCUCCCUAUCUCCGUAACCCCAUCCAGCCCCUACACCCCUCCCUAUCUCUGUAACCCCCUCCAGUGCUACACUCCCAUCCUAUCUCUGUAACCCCCUCCAGUCCCUACACCCCUCCCUAUCUCUGCAACCCCCUCCAGUCCCUACACCCCUCCCUAUCUCUGCAACCCCCUCCAGCUCCUACACCCCUCCCUAUCUCUGCAACCCCCUCCAGCUCCUACACCCCUCCCUAUCUCUGUCACCCCUUCCAGACCCUACACCCCCUCCCUAUCUCUGUAACCCCCUCCAGUCCCUACACUCCCACCUUAUCUCUGUAACCCCCAGUCCCUACACCCCUCCCUAUCUCUGCAACCCCCUCCAGCCCCUCCACUCCCACCCUAUCUCUGU